AUGGCUUCCUCCACCAGAUACCAGCCCGCCCCUCAGCGCGACUCGUUCGACGAACAAACCUACCCUCAAGCCCCUCCAAACUACCAGGCUACCGGUCCUGGUCCUGAGCAGGGCAUCUUCGGUGCUCCCAGAACAGAAGACGACAAUGUCCCGGACGAUUUCAAGUUUGGUGGCGCCGUCAUCGAGGCUACCCUCGACAUCCGAAUGUCCUUCAUCCGCAAAGUCUACACUAUCCUCACCGUCCAGAUCCUCCUCACUGCGGCGCUGUCCACGCUCUCGUUCUUCUCGACCGGCUAUCGAAACUGGAUCCAGUCUAACUCGUGGAUGAUGUGGGUGUCGUUGAUCGGGGCGAUCGGAUUCAUGAUCCUCACUUUCUGGAAACGCAAGUCAUACCCGACCAACAUGAUCUUCCUGGCUGGCUUCACCGCGCUCGAGGCGUACAGCAUCAGCGUCGUCACAUCGUUCUUUGAAAGCCGCAUUGUCAUCGAAGCGCUUGUCCUCACACUGGCCAUCUUCGUCUUCUUGACACUCUUUGCGUGCCAGAGCAAGUACGACUUCACCAGCUGGAUGCCCUACCUGUUUGGUGGCCUGUGGAUCUUGAUCAUCUUUGGAUUCAUGGCGGCCUUCUUCCCGCACGGCUCCACGGUCGAGUUGGUCUACGGCGCGAUUGCCGCCCUGAUCUUCAGUGGCUACAUUCUCGUAGACACCCAGAUGGUCAUGAGACACUAUCACGUGGAGGAGGAGAUCGCAGCCUCCAUCAGCCUUUACCUCGACAUCCUCAACUUGUUCCUUGCUAUCUUGAGGAUCCUGAACGCGACUCAGAACAACAACUAA